AUGGGCCGUGCACAGACAAGCAACAACCCUGAGUAUUUGGAUGCCCUGGUCCUACAAACAGAGGAUAGAGCUUGGGAGUUAGACCCUUCUGACCUUUCCUAUCAACUUACUUCUUCGUUGGGCCGUGGCAGUUUCGGCAUGGUAUACCGUGGCCGACUUUCUCGACUCACCACUCCGGCGGCCAUUGAAUUUAUCGGACAGAAACCUGUGCCCAUCGUCUCCACUAAUUCUCUAGUUCGAAAUGCCUCCGUAUCGAAGUAUCAACCUGUUGUAGUUCCAAUUACACAAUCGGCAAAUUUUAAGGGCUUGGAUGUAGCCGUCAAGGUAGGAAUGAUACCUAUGGCAUUAGGAUUGCUUUGGCUAGUGAUCCUAUGGUCUACAUUUGUGAGACUGCUUUAA